AUGGUUAAAAUCUCCCUUGAACGCCUAUGCUCAGAUCUCAUACGCAACCGCGAUUACAUGGACAUACCCAAUGUACCAGCCAUACCCAAAACGUCUCGACCAGCAGCAAGUCGCCUGAAACAAAAUCCGCGAGACAAGCCUCUUGACCUGGCCAUAGCAACAGUCAACAACUUCAAUCAUUCACAACGUCUCAACGACUCACAAMAAACAGCUCUACGUUCCCUCAAAAUCUGGCUCGACAAUAACGACGUCAUAAACUCCACCCCGUCAGAAGUGAAAGAAUGCAUCAAACUAUUCAGUCAAGCCUACCUGCUCAAAACCAUCGAGCCUGCCAUGAUAAAAUUCGAAAUGAUCGACAAUAUGCGCGACAGGGAUCCCAAGAGUCCGUAUGGCUUCGCUCGACACCUCUCUUUUGACCACCAGGUCGAGAUCGUGCUCGAUUCGAAUGAUCACUCGAUUUUCAGAAAACUACGCGAUCACAAGACCGCUUUACUCUCCACUCUCUUCCACGAGUGUGUGCAUGCAUACUUUCAACUCUUCUGCUGUGAUGAUCAUUCCUCCGGGUUCUGUUCUCGCAAAGGUGUUCCUCUCUGGGGGUUUGGCACGGCUCAUGGUGCUGCCUGGUUCCAUCUUGCAGCUGGGAUUGAAAUUGUAUUGAACAACCACUUCGAUCUUGGGGUGGACCUCAGAGUCUUUCCUUCUCUCUGUCGUGAGUACAGGACGCCUAAUGCGCCGGUACUUUCACCUGGGGAAUGGGAGCGACUCUUUACGAAGCAGGGGUGGGUGGGAGUUAAUUCGCUUUUGGGCAAGAUGAGUGAAGAGGAGUACCUGGAAUUGGCCAGUUCGUUGAGGAAUAAAGACAGCGAGCGUACUCCUUAUGUGAUUGCAGUGUUCUGGAAACAGUUCCUUAAGGAAAAGGGGGAGAGAACGGCGGGGGUUUUGUGUGGUACAUGUGGUCAGAAACUUCCAAGGAUAUGA